AUGCCUCAUGUCCUUGUCGUGCCCAUGCCCGGCCAAGGCCACAUAAACCCUAUGGUGCAGUUCGCCAAGAAGCUGGUGCUCAAGGGCGUAGCCGCCACCCUAGUCACAACCCACUUCAUCGCUCGAACAACCAGAAUCGACGCUGGCCAAGUGCAGGUCGAGGCCAUCUCCGACGGGCACGAUGAUGGCGGGUUCUCGUCGGCGGCGAGCCCGGAGGAGUACUUGCACAAGCUGGAGGUCGCCGGCUCGGCCUCCCUGGCCGAGCUCAUCAAGGCGCGUGCGUUGUCCGGGCGCCCCUUCACCUGCGUGGUGUACGACUCGUUCUUGCGCUGGGCGGCGCGGACAGCGCGUGCGAUGGACCUGCCCGCCAUCCCGUUCUCCACCCAGUCCUGCGCGGUGAGCGCGGUGUACCACUACGUGAAUGAGGGGAAGCUCCCCGUGCCGGCGGCCGGGGGUGAGAAGAGCGUGGCGCUCGCGGGGCUGCCGGAGAUGGAGAGGUGGGAGUUCCCAACGUUCCUGUUCGAUGACGGGCCAUACGCGUCGCUCACUGUGCCGGCGCUCACCCAGUUCGCCGGCAAGGACGAGGAUGACUGGGUGCUCUUCAACUCGUUUGAAGAGUUGGAGGCUGAGGUCUUGGUUGGACUGUCACCCCACUUCAAGGCCCGAGCCAUUGGGCCAUGCGUGCCGCUGCCCACCGCGGAAUCCGGCGAUGCUGACCGCUUCACCUACGGCGCCAACCUGCUCGACCCGGCGGAGGACACCUGCAUCAAGUGGCUGGACACCAAGCCCCCGGGCUCCGUCGCCUACGUCUCCUUCGGUAGCUUGGCGUCUCUCGGCGCCGCCCAGACAGAGGAGCUCGCGCGCGGCCUCCUCGCGGCCGGCAAGCCCUUCCUGUGGGUGGUGAGGGCCACCGAGGAGGCGCAGCUCCCGCGCCACCUCCUGGACACGGCGACGACGUCGGGCGCCGCGCUCAUCGUGCGCUGGUGCCCGCAGCUGGACGUCCUGGUGCACCGCGCCGUGGGCUGCUUCGUCACGCACUGCGGGUGGAACUCCACGCUGGAGGCGCUCGGCUUCGGCGUGCCGAUGAUGGCGCUGCCGAUUUGGACCGACCAGCCGAUCAACGCCCGGCUCAUCGAGGGCGCGUGGGGCGCCGGCGUGCGCGCGCGCCGCGAUGCGGCGGGGAUAUUCCUGCGGGACGAGAUCGAGAGCUGCGUGCACGCCGUCAUGGAUGAUGAAGGGAUCGCAGCUUCCGCGCGAGAGGCGGCACGGCGGUGGAGCGACGCGGCGCGCGCGGCGGUCACCCCCGGCGGCAGCUCUGAUCGGAACCUGGACGAGUUCGUGGAGUUCGUGCGCGCAAACGCUGGCAAGAAUCGGAAGCCUCUUGGCUUGGAAAACAACGAGACUGGAGCACGCAGCAGGGUGCAAGACGUGAUUUGCACGUGA